AUUCCAUAAGAGCGACUUUUGUCAAUCUGGCAACCCAAACAAAGCGCUCAUGAAGCCCCGCCUCCUCCGGUGCCGUAAUUUCCUGGAGAGGUGCUUGUUUUCAUACAGAAAAAUGGCGGCAUCGAGUUCAAACAGUACUUCUGAGCAAGUGGGCACAACGUCUACGGACGAAACGGCACCGGACAAUGAUUUAUGGGCUGCACAAGGGGCGGUGGUGGCGCGGGAUCCGGCGGUGAAGUUGCUGAGUGCGGUGAGCGGUGUGGAGCCGCUGUCAUGGUCAGAUGAUCACCGGCUCUCGGCCUGCAGCAUUACCAGCGUGUCUCUCAUUGAACUUGUGUGUGAUGUACACAGUCUCAGUCAGGAGCUCGUGCUACACCGCACUCACAUCCCGGUACCAGAUGCCGCGCAUGAACUCAAGGUGGGCCCAGAAAAGGAAGUAAAGGCUGUUAGGGACAAAUUUGCAAGAAGUAAAGAUCCAGUAGUUAGCCAAAUGGUUAUGAUGGACCGAGUCAUCAACCCUCAAAGUGGACGCAUCCAUGGAGUCAAGUACACCAGCUGGUCACCAUUAGGCUGUGACAGCAAUGGCCGCUGCCUUAUUGCCUUUUUAACCCUGGACAAUCGGCUCACAAUCCACUGCAGUCAAAAGCAUUUGAAGUGGACGCCUCUCUUGGACCUUACAGAACUUUAUGGUGAAAUGUUAAAGUCCAGAAACUACUCUGCAAAGAAUGACGGAUCGCCUCCAAGCUCCAUUGACGACUUGGAAGAGCUGCAGAGACGGUUUCGCAUGCAGACACCUGUGUGCAUGGAAUGGUCCGGCCUGUGCAAUACGCAACAGGUUCAGACCAAUAAUGAAUGUAAAGACACUGGCGCAGUUCUUCUGGCUGUACUUAUGGAGAACGGAGAUCUAGUUGUGUGGCAUUUCAGUUUACCCCUAAGGGGUAAGGAUUCAGUGCUUUCCUGCAAUACCAUAAAGUCUGAGGUGUCAUCCCCAAACGUACUCUCUUGGUGGGAAUAUGAGCACGGUGGGCGAAAAAUGAGCGGACUGGUUGUGGGUAGCUUGGUUGGGCCUGUAAAGAUCCUGCCGGUGAAUCUUAAAGCGGUGAAGGGUUAUUUUACCCUCAGACAGCCUGUGGUGUUGUGGCAGGAUGAGGACCAGAUACCGGUUCACAACAUCAAAUGCAUCACUCUCUUCCACCCGCACCAGAAAUGCAACUGCAGCCUUGUGGUGGCUGCACGUGGUUGCUAUGUGUUCUGGUGCCUGUUGCUUAUCUCUAAAGCUGGUCUCAAUGUUCACAAUUCCCACGUCACGGGUCUUCAUUUCACCCCUAUUGUAUCCAUGACUGUUAGUCAUAAAAAUGGGUCUAUUUUCACCUGCUCGUUAGAUGGUACGGUUAAAAAGCUCACACCCGUUUUCACAGAUGUUGCGGUGGUGUUCGAACAGCAGGAGAUUGUUCUGCCAGAAGGAGUGGCGGGGCGACGGAUACACGGUAUAUCAGUCAGUCCGAAUGGUGCCUACCUAGCCCUGCUCUGCAGUGAGGGUAUGAUCAAUGGGCUCCACCCCAUCAGCCGCACCUACCAGGUGCAGUUCAUUACCCUCAAGACGCCCAACGAAGCGUCCGCUGAACUCCUUGAGUCUCAAACACAGAACCUCUUCAUACAGACCGACUUGCUGGAUCUGCUGCGUUGGCGAGUACUGAAGGACAAAUGCAUUCCUCAAUUCCUCCAAAAGGAGUUGGAUGAGAAGCUCCAAGGAUCCAAAGCGUCCACAUACCUAUGGAGGCUCAAGCUCUUCCUUCUCCGAGCGCUCCACAAAUCCAUGCAGAAGACCCCUUCGGAAGCCCUUUGGAAGCCAAACCAUAAGGAUGGUAAAGUUUUACUUGGGGAAGAGGAAGCAGGUGGGGGUGAGGAAGAUGAGAUGGCAGACACGUCUGCUUUAGAUGAAACCAGGCAGGGGGAUGCUGAUAAAUCUCCCAAUGAGGAACGACUGAGGGAGAUCAGCGGCUGGAUCGAAGAGGUGGAAUCCCACCUGAUCCGCGAGAACAUGAAGAGGGUGCUGGGUGAGGUGUACCUACGCACCUGUGUCACACAGAACACGUGUAUACCUACUAAAGGUGUGUGUGACUUUCUCACAAAUGACCCGGCUAAUGAAGACAGGGCUGCCAAGGUACUAAUAGGUCAUAUAAUGAACAAGAUGAACAAGCAAACGUUUCCAGAGCACUGUAGUCUCUGUAAGGAAGUUCUGCCCUUCACAAGCCACAAACAAGCGGAGUGUAAGAAUGGGCACAGAUGGCUCAGGUGUGUGCUGUCAUAUCAGGCCUGUCAGGGUGUAACGUACCGUCGCUGUCUAUUGCAGGACAGCAUUGCCUCAAUUCCAGAGCCCGAGGACCCAGACUGGAUAAAGAAAAUACUUAAAGGUCCCUGCAUCUUCUGUGACUCCCCGCUCAGCUGAAACAGUGGGUAUCAAGACGACAAUCUCACCACAAUCGAUUACUGUCACUUAAUAUUAAAAAGGAUGCAAAAUGCCUUUUAAUUCUUGAAAUGAGAAACGUGUGAAUGUAUAUUCUGUAUUAUUAUUUUUUUAAUAAAAGGCAUUUAGGAGUUUUGUCCUGAAGAGACCUCUAUUUUAAAGCCAAGCUUUAUUUAAAAUGUAUAAAUAUAAAAUAUAAAUAAAAGCCUGAUUGUAAUAUAGAAAGAUGUAUAAUAAACUGGUGUUUAAUAUUUAUUCUAUGGUGCGUUUUUGAUUUGUUCAUAUUAUGUUGCCGCACUAUUAAAUAAUGCACACCCAUUCCUUUGGCUGAUUUUAAUUGGUUUAAAUAAAUCAAUUUUUCUAAUUGGCUUUAGAAACAUUUCUGUGUAUCCGCCAUGCACCUCGCCAUCUCUGAAUAAUGACUUUCCGUGGCCUAAAGGAACAGAAGAUGAGAGCAGUGUUAAAGGAAAUGAGAAACAGAGCAAACUGUUUUAAAACUGAUCCAGCCCCUCCGAAGAGCUCGACUCUAAUGAGAUACGACAGUAAUGAGCAAUGGAUCCCAGCCGCGUAUGUGAUACCCAUUUUAAUUAAGGUAGCGAGGUUGAGUGGAUAUUGUUAAAUAUAGUUACCCCCUUUUUGUGGGCCACGAGGGAGACGUGUGCAGGCUGUGUACCCUGACGCCCCUUUCCGCGCAAGUGCUUCGGCAUCGGUGUAAAUCAGCCGUGUGUGAUCAAAGACAAAUUUGGGCCUGUUGGACUCUGGAAAUGUUCCUGCGUUUCUCCGCCACGUCCGUUCUCAUCCCCGGUACAUCCCAUCUCUGUGCCCCAGGUUCUCUCUAGUGUCACUAAAGAUGAUAGCUCGCCUCGGGGCUAGACAGCAGCCCUGGCUUAGGUUUCGGAUGGUAUCUCAAGAUAAAGAUGGCCUGAUAAUUACACACAAUUCCAUUCCUUAUCUCAUUCAAUGUCACUGCAAAUAUUAUUUGGAGGGUUUGAUGAUAAAGCAGCCAGCUUGUUUAUUUAGUUGCUGCUGGUUUUACGAUUUGUAGAGUUUAUUUUUUAUUACGAAUGUUGCCAUAUCAUUACAAAUGGUAAUGCAACGUGUAAGGGAUGUUUGAUUAUGAGGCAAUAAUGUGCUUUGUGUGUUAAUCAAAGGGAGACUAAACACAAAGGCAGGGCUCAGAGCUCCUAAUGCCGUCUGCUGCAUGUCAUGGCAAAUUUGUUCCCUGACAUAUUGCGAUACGCAUCUAAUAACAUAAAUUUGAAAUCAGCUUUAUGAGCGCCGUAAUAUGGGCUGACAAUUUGAAGGAAAAUGAAAAGCGAUUUGGAUUUCAAUUGUACACGCAAUAUACGGUGCAUAUUAAUAGCCGCAAGUGCUAAAUGUCACAGAUUAGAUUGAAAGCACGAAUGUGAUGAAAAUUCCCAUUUUCCCCCUGCCGUAUAAUUCUUCGCCUAACUAUUAGAUUGUCAAAUGGAUCUUGGCCUUACGGUUUGAGUGCUAGCUUUGUUGAUAGGUGGAGACUCUUCCUGUUGAAGUGGUUAGCUCUGUUUGGCAGAACCUCCUACUACUUUAAUAUAACAAUCUGUCAAAAAACAUUUCUAUAAUAAUUAUGGCCCCCUCCUUCUUUGUGUGUGCUCUUUCAAGACUUCAAAAGGAGGUUUCGUUCUUUUUUUCCUGUAUAAAAUAUUCAUAAAUGCUGUGUUCGUGUCUUUGUGCUUUAAACCGACAGAUUUUUUGAAUAUUAUUUAAUCAUAUAUUCUCGUUGUUAGUUAGGCUAAUUUAUUUUGAUAUACAUCACCUUGCCUUUAACAUUCAAUUUGUUGAGCUUGCUGUGUUGCUCUGUGUCAGUCCCCUUGAUAAAUGAAUUGCACACUUUUCUAU